GGGUUUAGUAACGGAGAGAAAGACGCAGCACACAGAUUUAAGCAGGAUUCUGUCCUAUGCGUACUUUUACGACUCAAAUGGCAUCAGGCAAGAGAUAACAGCUGACCGCGAGGGACCCACAGAACUGUGACUGAUGCGUUAAGGCAAAAGACUGAGGAGGAGAGGUGAGAUGGCUUCCAGAAGGAAAACAUCCAGACUGCAGCUUGUGAAGCACAGCCAUGAAGCCCAGCUGCCCCAGCCAGAGGAGGACAAAGACUACGUUAACCAGCUCUCUCACGAGCUCCUUUGUCAAAUUUUCAGGUAUCUCCCAUUGAAGGAUAUAAUCUCAAUGGAGUGUCUGUCCCGAAAGCUUCGGGAGGCGGUGUCUCUGUACCUGCGCGUGCUCAGAGUGGUGGACCUGUGCGCGGGCCGCUGGUGGGAGUACAUGCCCUCAGGUUUCACAGACAGUAGUUUCCAGAUCCUCCUGAAGAAGAUGCCAGAGGUGGAGCAGCUGUAUGGGCUGCACCCACGCUUCCUGGAGAGGCGAAGGGUCAGGGGCUAUGAGGCCUUUAGUAUCCCAGGGCUGCUGGAGGCUCUGCAGGCCUGCCCCAACCUUAUGGGAGUGGAGACCUCUCACCUGGAAUUGGUGGAAGCCAUAUGGAACUACAUGCCACAGGUUCAUAUACUGGGAAAGUUCCGCAAUCGCAAUGGAGCAUUCCCCAUUCCUCCUGAGAACAAGCUGACCAUCCCUGUGACGGCCAAGAUCCAAACACUGCACCUUGUGGGAGUGAAUGUUCCUGAGAUCCCUUGCGUGGCCAUGCUACGUCAUCUCUCCUUAAAAUGGGUGCGCUUGACCAAACCACAGCCCUUUAAGGACUUCUUGUGUGUCAACCUCAAGACGUUUGUCAUGAAGAAUUGUGCCGGACCCACAAACUCGCUCAAAUACGUUCCUCUCGUGACGGGUCUGGCCUCAGCACGCAGCCUGGAACAGCUGGAGCUGGUGAGGGUGCCUUUUCUGGGAGGGCUCAUCCAACACGUGGUGGAGGACAGCUGGAGGUCAGGGGGAUUCCGGAACCUUCACACCAUCGUGUUUGGAGCCUGCAAGAAUGCUCUGGAGGUGGACCUGGGCUACCUAAUCAUCACGGCUGCACGCAGGCUUCAUGAGCUGCGCAUCCAGCCAUCUCUGACCAAAGAUGGAGUGUUUUCUGCCCUGAAGAUGGCAGAGCUGGAAUUUCCUCAGUUUGAGACGCUCCAUCUGGGCUAUGUGGAUGAGUUCCUGCUUCAGUGUAAAAUGAGCCACGCAGAGUUGGUGAAAUAUGGUUUGGCCGAUGUCACUGAGAACCCUGGUAUCAUCACAGACAUCGGCCUCAGAGUGGUCAAUGAGGUCUUCACCAACAUCAAAUACCUAGUGGUCUACAACUGCCCACACCUCCACAACCCUCACAGCUGGAUCACAGAUCAGUGCCGCUGGAGUCGCCUGGUGGACCUGACUCUUGUCCGCUGUCAUGCCAUCAAACUUGAGUCCUUCUGCCAGUUUAUAGAGCUUCUGCCCUGCCUGGAAUUUAUCUGCCUUGACCAGAUGUUCCGAGAGCCUCCCAAGGGCUGUGCUCGAGUAGGCCUCAGUGCUGGCACUGGAAUUGGUGUGUCCUCUGCUCUGGUCAGUAAUCAGAAUUCCAAUGAUGACAACAACAACCUCCCCCAGGAGGCCCAGGCUCCUCCUGCAGAAGCUGCUGUCAACCUCCCCCAGGAGGCCCAGGUACCUCCAGCAGAUGCUGAAGUCGACCUCCACCAGGAGGCCCACGCUCCCCCAGACGAGGCUGGAGUCAAUCACCCCCAUGAUAUCCAAGCUCCUUCAGCAGUUUCACCCGUUAACCUGCACCACGAUGCCCAAGACCACAGAGUUAUGGAGGUGAAUGGAAUGGGUGAACAUGAGGAGGCAGAUGUGCUAGAGCAAGGAUCUCAGGAGCACAGUGCUGCUGCAGAGGCCAACAUUUCACUGGGAGGACCACAGCCCAUGGACCGGGAGCAAGCAGGCCCCAGCGGCGUGUGGCAGACCCGAGCAGAGAGGGCAGCAUUUGUCAUUUCAGACUCAGACAGUGAGGAGGAGGACGGCCCGCGGGCACUGUCAGUUGCUUGUGCACACCAACCGCUGUCCUGUGUGACCGGUAAAGGGAAGGCCCCUCUACGGCGGAACUCCUCUGCACAGAGCCACACUCGCAGCAGCGCAGAGAAGGGCUGUCAGGUCAGCAGCGAGCAGAUCAAAGCUGACAUGAAAGCAGCUGCAGACAGAAGCCAGCGCACCCCUCCUACAGAGCCCACAGUCAAGAGUGACUCCCAUACUGGUGGAGGAGAGGGCAGGGGGGCAGGAACAGGAGCUGGCAGGGGGACAGGAUCUUGGGCCAGUGGAACAGCCGCAGUGAGCAGGGGGAUGGGAAGUGGAGCUAGCAGGGUGACAGGACCUUGGGCCAGUGGAACAGUCACAGGGGGCAGGAGGACAGGAGUAGCAGGCAGUGGGCGAGUUGAGGCCAGGUGCAGCAGUGGAGCACACAGUCCCUGUAGAAGACCAGAGUCAUCCUGUUCCCGCAGACCAGUGACCCGCUCCUACUCACGUAUGUCCUCGGAGGUCCUCCUGGCUGGCACUGGUUUUUCCAAACCAAGGCCACGGGUGUUUGUGAAGCGAAAGCGAAAUGUUGACAAAUCAACGAGCACCUCAGACCCGGUUACAGAGGAAGACCAUGUGCAGGUACUGUCUCUAAAGAGCAAGAACCUUGUGGGCAUUACUCUAACCAACUGUGGAAUCACAGACCUGGUUCUUAAGGACUGCCCAAAGAUGAUGUUUGUCCAUGCCACCAGGUGCCGUGUGCUGAAGCAGCUGCAGGUGGAGAAUGCUCCCAUUGUGAACAGAAUGGACUUUGCUCAGUGUAAAAAGCUCAACAUGCAGCAAGUCCUGGACCAGAUUCUGAGGGUGCCUCCUGAAAGGAACCGCAUCAUCUACAUGCGCCCCAUGCACCAAAUCGACUCGGUGGCUCUGGAGCAGCAAUUGUUCCAGGGGCCAUACCCCUACCAUAUUGCUAUCGUCCAUGAGUUCAGCAACCCCCCAAACAUGCGCAACAAGGUGCGCAUUCGCAGCUGGAUGGACACCAUCGCCAACAUCAGCCAGGAGCUGAUCAAGUAUGAGUUUUUCCCAGAGGCCACCCGCACAGAGGAGGAUGUGAAGAGGUUCUUGCGGUACCCAUGGGGCCGGGACAUUUACACUCUGGAAGGGGUAGUGGAUGGCGCCCCCUACAGCAUGAUAACAGACUUUCCCUGGCUGCGGACCCUAAGAACAGCAGAUCCCAACAACUAUGCUCGCUAUGACUUUGAGGAUGAUGAGACGAGUACCAUCUAUGCCCCGCGCAGGAAGGGCCAGCUGUCUGCAGACAUCUGCAUGGAGACCAUCGGGGAGGAGAUCUCUGAGCGCAGGCAGAGCCACAGAGGCCUGUUCCAACGGGUGGUGGUGGUGUUCCUGCACCACUGUGACACUCCAGGAGAGCCCGUGGAGGACGACUACAUCUAGGGCCCACACAAAGAAGCUGUGGAGGACAGUCAGGAGAUCCACACAGAGACACUGUGGAGGACAGCCAGAAGGUCUACUCGAUUCACUGGAACAGUGUCACAGGGAGGGCCCAUCCAUAGUCUGCUCUUUGGUCUAGAGGCUGAAGCUCUUUCACAGCCAUGUUUUGCUGUCUGCCUUCACCUGCAGCUUGCUGACAAAGUUGACACAUUCCUGCGCUGGUACUUUAUAUUCAAUAUUUGAAUGUAUUCAGAGAAGGAGGUUGCGCCCUUUUUGCAGGAGGACGAUUUUGUUUUGUUGUGUGGUGUAGGCACACAUCGUCACUGUGCUUAGACCGGAGCUGCUGCUAGGACUUAAACCACGAUGGACUGGCCUGCUUUUCUUUGUUUAAAUGUGGCUGUGCCUGAUCGGGUUUGGAGUCCAAAUAAAAAAAUAUAAAUAAGUAAUUUGCCUGAAGUUAAGCUUUCUAUGAAAACAAUGUUUUCUGUAUGUCUUUGGUAUGUCAGAUGGCAGUGCUAUAGCAGCUUCACCAUUUGCCUUUGAAUCAGAGGGAUUGCCAGUUUGUGUCAAAGCUCAGAAUGUUCUUGUGUCCCUAAAGACUCUUCACUCAAUGGUCCCUGGCAGUAAUGUGGCUGAUUUAGACGGAAAGUCAUCCAGCACAAAAAUGUGCUAUGGCAAUGCCUACAGAUGUUCCAGCUAGAAGAAUAUAUUACUUUGAAGGGGUUCUAAUAAAUCAUAAAUACAUUUGUAUGUCAUUUUUGUUUUUCCCUCAAACAGACAUUAACAUACCAUUAACCAUCGUUGCUCAUUUGGACUGCACUGUAUAUUAACAUGUAUAUUAGCAUAACA